GCCUGCAUUUGCAACAGGUACUUCUAGUUAGGCCAAGAUCAGCUGUUGCAGUUGAUUUGGACUAAAAUGUAAAGCACAGAAGCAAUAGAGAGAACAUCAUCAGAGACAGCUCUAGAUUCCAGCGCUCUCCAUGUUCUGCAACUUGAGCAUCUUCAACCAUUCCAGACUAGACCAGCCCUCAAAGAAAAAGUAUGGCGUUUUAUCCACUGCAAAUUGCCGGGCUGGUGUGUGGGUUCCUCGGCAUGGUUGGGACUCUUGCCACAACACUUCUGCCUCAGUGGAGAGUAUCAGCGUUCAUUGGCAGCAACAUUAUUGUCUUUGAAAGGAUCUGGGAAGGGCUCUGGAUGAAUUGCGUCCGACAAGCCAGGGUUAGGUUUCAGUGCAAAUUCUAUAGUUCCUUGCUGGCUCUCCCACCUGUCCUGGAAGCAGCACGGGCUCUCAUGUGUGUGGCUCUUGCUCUCUCCUUGAUUGCCCUGCUUAUUGGCAUUUGUGGCAUGAAGCAGAUCCAGUGCACAGGCGCUAAUGAGAAGGUGAAAGUGUACCUUCUGGGCACCUCUGGAGUUCUCUUCAUCCUGACCGGCAUCUUCAUUCUGAUUCCAGUGUGCUGGACAGCCAAUAUCAUCAUCAGGGAUUUCUAUAACCCAACCAUCAACGCAGGCCAGAAACGAGAACUGGGAGCAGCACUUUUCAUCGGCUGGGCAAGCUCUGCGGUCCUCUUCAUUGGAGGAGGUUUGCUCUGUGGAUUCUUCUGGUGCAACAGAAAGGUGCAAAGGCAAAGAUAUCCAGCUCCUGUGGACUGCGCGCCUCGCACAGAGAAGCAAAGGAAUGUGACGGUGAUCAGUAAGAGCUGCACCAGUUAUGUCUAAUAUCUGCAUUUGGCACCAACUAUGGAUUAAGAUCAAUGUAUUUUAUAAAAUCCUGCAAGAAACUGUAAGUACAUCAGGCAAGAGAACUUGCUUCAUGACUAGAUAUAAUCGGGGAUGAAAAUUUCGCACCUGUCAUGGGAAUGGACAUGACUUACUUGGAUGUUUUGACUUUUUAUGUAUCAAAUGCAUCUACUCUUGUUGGAUUCAAUCUCCAGUUCGCAGUCUAAAGUCACAUAUACUCAACAAAUGCUAUCAGAGAUCCAAUGAUAAACUACUCUUUUUUUUUGACUAUAUUAGCUGGUGAGAAAUCUAAAAUUACAUUUGAUAAUCCAUAGCAAUAAAAUAUAUGUUCUAAAAUAUAGCCUAUCGUUUUCCUUCAAAAUACUUCUUAUUCUACCUAGUAAGAACUAAACAAUGAUUUAAAAAAUUAUCCAAGAAAAUUAUAGGCAUCAAAUAACAAUUUUAGUUCAAUUUAGCAAAUUAUAUAAAUAUCCAUUAUUUAAAUUAUUUACAAUUUUCUAUAAGAAACCUAAACAUAGAAAAAAUUAGACACUUUUAGGGAAAAAGGACCACUGAUUUCUCUCAGGACAUUUUAAAGGAUGGAUUCAAAGUAUCUAAUUAAUGUAGCUAAAAUUUCUUGGAAUUAUAUAAUCAAAGUAAACUAAUAUACUUUGUUAGCCUACAGUUUGUACCUAUAAGCAAAUGAAGUACCUAGGUUGAUAUGGUUCAUCUAUAGAAGAUCAUUAAACCUCGGUUCUCAUGGGGAAGAGAUAUAGUACCAACUACAGAAUUCAGUUUUGGGUGUUAAAGGAAAUAGUUUCUGUUCCUUGUUUUAGACUUUAGUCAUUAUACAUGCCUAAACAUGGAAAGCAAAAUGAAGAAUAAUGAUUCAGGCAAUUAGUAAUGCUUAAAUAAAUACCUUGUUUUUUAUUCUCCAAUAAACAAAUAGGUAUAGAGAAGUCAUUUCCUUUGGCUUGAAUUAUAUAUUAUUUUCUCAAUUUUUCAUUUUUUAAAAUUUUUUUAACUUUUAUUUAAUGAAUAUAAAUUUCCAAAGUGCAGCUUAUGGAUUACAAUGGCUUCCCCCCCAUAACGUCCCUCCCACCCGCAACCCUCCCCUUUCCCACUCCCUCUCCCCUUCCAUUCACAUCAAGAUUCAUUUUCGAUUCUCUUUAUAUACAGAAGAUCAGUUUAGCAUACAUUAAGUAAAGAUUUUAGCAUGCAUAUAACAUUAUCAGGAUUAAAAAUUUGGGGGCUGGGAUAGGCUGGGGAAGCCAACUAUUUGAGGCAACAUCAUUCCUAAGGACAGUAUCUGAACAGCUCCAUUAUCUUGUCAAUCAAUCCAUUUUUACGUAUUUGAUUUCAACUCUUCAAGCACAGUGUCUAUUUUGUAUAUUUAUUUAAUAUAUAUUACAUAAUUGUAAUGAAAUGUUUAAAUUUGUUUUCUAAAUAUUUAUUGCAUGUCUAUUUUAUUAUACUUUGAUAAUAAGGGUUAUGUAUAAAAAUUAUGUUGACGUAUUUAACUGUACUCUCAACUUGAGAAUUAAUUUCUGUGCUCAAAAAAUUAUCUAAUAACUCUGAAACAUUAACCAGAAAUGAUUUAAGACUACAUGUUGUUGUCAAACCCUAACUCCAUUCUACAAGCCACCAUCAAGGCUUUAGUAAGCCACACUCCUGGUGACAUAAAAUUGUACUGAAAAAUUAAUAAUAUUUAAAUUAUAAUGAUCACAAAGAUGUAAAUAUCUUCAAGUAAUAAAAAUUAAG